AUGUCCAGUCCAUCCUCUCAUGCUAUCGCCAGUUCCUCCUCCACUAGUUCUGUCGCUCAUAAGAAACAAAAAGUAGCUGAAAACUCUGAAGACCCGCUCAUUAUUACUGUCUGUGUUGACGUGUUCAAGAAGAAUAAGGAAAUAAGAGAUGCUAAAAAUGCUCAUCGAAAUAAUAUCAAAGAAACCAACCUAUUCUUGGAUAGUAAGUUACUUGCUUUCCAAAGAAUAGGUAAGCAACCACACAAAAGGUUUGUCGUUGGAUUUUUUAAGGAGGGAACAUUCAUUCCGUUAAUUCAUAUAUUAAAGAGGUAUAUGUUUGAAACUGAUGAUCGGAAGAAAGCAUAUAGAGAAACAAGGAAAAUUAUUAAGAAAAUAGAGACUAGUUAUUUAAAGCCCAAUGAAAAAAGACGUGCGGGAUGUAUCACACGUCACUAUGGGACUUGGAUACGAUCUAGUCUUCAUCCAUUUACUAUUUCUUAUACAACAACAACUGCGGAAAGGGAGUGUAAUUUUCUUGAAAACAGAACAUUGCCGCUUCAAUUUUUAUUAAACAAGAUUGCAGGGGAAGCUCUUGAACAAUAUCAUUCGGAUAUCGCUCGAAGAUAUACAGAUCUUGUGCUCCCGAGUAAUUGCGCGUCAAAACAAAGAUAUUGGCAAGUAAUGCAUUUAAAUUUAAAGAGACGGAAUGCAAGAGGGGAGCCAGAAGAGCAGGAUGUUCAGGGUGGAAAGCAUUCAGGAACAGCGGAGCCUGGUGAUCUAAUAUUUUUCAACGCAUUUCAUUUGGAUCACUUGAAUUUACCCUUGAAAAAUGACGCGAGUGGGAAAAUUGCUGAUAGAAAUUCAAUUGUUUUGUAUACUGAUAAUAAUCUUUUUCCUACAAGAGAAUGA